AGGGAAAUUUAGAAAUUUGCAUUACACGUGGCAGUUCUAACGUUCGAGUAAAAAUUGAAACAGCUGGAUUAUAUCACCGCUUUGCACCCAGACCUAACUGAAAAAAGGAAAUAGAGAAAUCAAAAUUACACGUGUCAAAUAUAACGGCUGGAUUUAUCACCGCCCGGUCCGAACCUAAGGUUCAGCUUUGCUCCUGACAUCCCCGAACCUAAUUGAAAAAAGUAAAUAAAGAAACUUGAGAUGCAAGUAGUAGGAUUAUAAAUACAAAUCACAGAGGACACAACUACACACUUCGUCUUUGUUCGUUUGAUUACCAAAGUCUGAGAAAUCUAAAGAGAGUGAUAGAGAAGGAAAGAAAGAUGAAGAGAUCCAUGUCUGAUUCUAAAGAAAGCAGUCGAUAUGGUCGAUGUGACGACGACGACAACAGCUACGACUCCGACGGUCCUCACAAGAAGCCUAAAACAGAGGACGAUGCUGUUUCCUCGACCAAGACGAGCCCUUUUCGAGAAAGAGAUUUGUGGGUGUUGACUAGUUUUCUUGGAAAAGGCUCAUAUGGCUCUGUUCACUUAGCCGUGAGAACGACCGAGGGAGAAGAAGAAUCACUUCCUGAAGAGAUGGCAAUCAAAACGACCGAGUUCUCACAGGCUUCACGGCUCAAGAACGAGGCUGAGUUCUUAAACCGUCUUGAAGAUAACCCAUACAUUGUCUCCUACUAUGGCAACGUGACCACACAUGACAAGAAAACCAAGAAGAUGGUGUACAACACCAUUCUCGAGUACUGUCACGGUCAAUGCCUCGCGAAACACAUCAAACUCCACAAAGGAAUAGGGUUGGCGGAAGAUAAUGUGAAGAUAUUCGCUAUGAGUAUCUUGAUCGGUCUCAAGCAUAUCCAUGAAAAGAAGAUAAUCCACUGCGACAUCAAACCGAAGAACAUUUUACUCGCCGCAGGGGAGCAUCAUGGGUUUGUGGCUAAGAUCUCUGGUUUCGGGAAAGCCAUGGAGAAAGGGUCGAGCGAGUACGGUGAUGGAUGGGGUCACGUGAGAGGCACAACACGGUUUAUGUCGCCGGAGCUUAUAGGGGACAAAGUUCUGGACUAUGGUGCGGAUGUUUGGGCCUUUGGGUGCACGGUUCUUGAGAUGUUGACAGGGGAACGUGUUUGGGCAGAGCAUGGUGAGUUGUGUUGUUGGGAAGAAUGGAUUACUCUCAUUGGUGAAAGCGAUUUGGUUCCAUAUGUUCCUGAUUCUUUGUCUGACGAAGCAAAGGACUUUCUGUCAAAGUGUUUUAAGAAAGAUCCUUCCCGAAGGUGGACUGUUGACAGCUUGAUGAACCAUCCUUUUGUUAGGUGGAAUAACGAAUACCCUGAAGAGGAGGAGGAAGAAGAAGAAGAAGAAAUAUUUGAAGAAGAAGAGGAAGAAGAAAACGAAAUAUUUGAAGAAGAAGAAGAAGAAGAAGAAGAAGAAGAAGCGAUUGAAAUAGAAGAAGAAUACCCUAAAGAGGAGUCGGAAGAAGAAGAUCAAAAAUAGGUGUCCAUGUCAAUUAAUCUUGUUUCAUUAUUUGUAUUAUGCUGCAAAAACAAUGGUUAUUGUAAGAAGCAUAGAUGUUUCACUUGCAGUGAAUUAAUUGAUUUUCUCGAAAGCUUGACAAAACUAUAUAUACGUAAGUGUCAGUUGUACUUAAAUUCUUCGUCAAGAGACUGCAAAUUUCAUGAAAACUCAAUCGUACUGAUUCAUUACCGUAGCUGAAACAGAAUAUUCAGACAAGUUUUUAUGUCUAAAACCAAAUAGACUGUAUCUUGCUAGUUAAUGUAUAUGACAAACGAGGAAACAUGAACUUGUUUAGAUGAUUGUAACACACAAUCUUGUCUGCAACAAACAACCAAAAAAGGUUGGUGUCUUCGUGGUGCCCGCUGGUUUUAAUCACGGUGUCGGCUAUUUUGGCGUGGAUGUCGUAACCGAUUCGUCCCUAACCUUCUUCUUGUUGGCUAUGAUCUCGAGAAGGAAUACUGAAUGCAAGGUAUUGUUGUCUUCAAUCUACUUCAUCACAGAGUACGUGGUGAGAGGUUUGUGGUCAAGUUUGUUUAACGAUAAGAGCAUGGAGUAUAUAUACUCUUUUCAAAACCUGAAUUCGCUGUUCAUAUCCUGCAGGUAUUUGUGAUUGUAACCUGUACCUUACCAAGCCUCUGUACUUUCAUUUUCUGUCUUAGACCUUGUUAUGAAUCUGAACCUAUUCACUUGUGCAUGUGAUUGUUUUCAGGUCUCUAUAUGCGCAAAACUUGGCGAAGAAAAAAUCCGAAAACCACCAAGCAGCUC